UGACAUCAUACUGAUGGUCUUCACUUCUGCGCGCUCCACCCCGCCUGCCACCGGAGCAGAGGAGCGCUGGACCGGAGGGGCGCACAAGUAGGGGAGAGCAGGCUGAUGUUAGCGAGUGUGGCGAGUCUCACUCUGCCAAUACAAACUAUAGAAACAUCCAAGACCAACUUCACGAUAGGCUGUAGUUGGAUAUAGUUGUUUUGGACACAGAUCCACUGCAGGAGCAUUGCGCUCGCUGGCUUACCAGUGAUUCCUUAGUGAUUUCUGAUUGCACGUUUCAAGUGUAUUUAUGGUAAUAGAUGCUUCACUUGAUUGAGGUCAGUUUGGGCUGUUUGUGCAAAGCGAUGGCAGGUAUUUGACUGUGUUGUUGGAGUUGGUGAACGUUUUAUUACUUCUCUGCACCCCGCUGAUUACUUCUCACAUCUGACUCUCAACAAUGAUCGCUGAAGGUCACGUUUCACCGCGACGCACUUGUCCAAGUAUUGUGCAUCUUUUCUUUAGCGACCGUGAUUUGAUUUACAGAUAACUUUUAAAUCUUAUCCAAGCAAACCGAGACUGAAACAAAGCAGGAAUGAUAUUUACUCAUGUGUUUUGACCGGUAGACUAGUUUUAGUCCACUUUACAGGCGAGAGAAACCGGACUAUGAGUUGGUUAAAACUUUGCUGUGCGCUCCUGCGGAUGAUCCAGUGAAAAGUGUCAAAUCAUAUGUAGUGUAAUCGUGCCAGCCUGAAGAUGUUAGGAAGUCCGUCAAAUAACGGCGGCAUCAGGAUGCUGGUGCCCCCGGCUCCGAACGACGACAGACGGGUAGAGUUUGUGGCUCUCACCGCUGUUCACACGGAGAGGAGCGAGCCGUCCACCCCGGAGCGCGGGCACCCGUCUCACCGCACGGGUCUGCUGGGCACCCCGCUGCCCGGGCCGCCUGGACCUCGGGCCAACUCUUCUGCUUCAAGCAAACGCUUUAGGAAGUUGCAAAACUGCCUGUACAACGUGCUGGAAAGACCAAGAGGAUGGGCAUUCAUCUACCAUGCGUUCAUUUUUCUGCUGGUGUUCAGCUGCUUGGUGUUGUCUGUGUUCUCCACCAUCCCCGACCACCAGAAGUUCGCCAACCAAGGCCUCUUCAUCCUGGAGUUUGUGAUGAUCGUGGUGUUUGGGUUGGAGUAUUUCAUCAGGAUCUGGGCGGCUGGCUGUUGCUGCAGAUACCGUGGAUGGCAGGGACGGCUGAGAUUUGCCAGGAAGCCCUUCUGUGUCAUAGACUUCAUAGUAUUUGUGGCAUCGUUGGCAGUGAUAGCAGCUGGGACGCAGGGCAACAUCUUCGCCACGUCAGCCCUGCGCAGCAUGCGCUUCCUGCAGAUCUUGCGAAUGGUUCGUAUGGACCGACGGGGAGGCACCUGGAAACUACUGGGCUCAGUGGUUUACGCUCACAGCAAGGAGUUGAUUACAGCGUGGUACAUAGGUUUCCUCGUCCUGAUCUUUGCCUCCUUCCUCGUCUACCUGGCAGAGAAAGACAUCAACUCAGACUUUAACACCUAUGCAGACUCCCUCUGGUGGGGGACUAUUACUCUAACUACUAUUGGCUAUGGUGACAAAACCCCUCGCACCUGGCAAGGACGUCUCCUAGCUGCCGGCUUUGCUCUUCUAGGAGUCUCUUUCUUUGCUCUGCCCGCCGGAAUUCUGGGGUCAGGCUUUGCCUUGAAGGUUCAAGAGCAGCAUCGGCAAAAGCACUUUGAGAAGAGGAGGAUGCCCGCUGCCAACCUGAUACAGGCUGCAUGGCGUCUCUACUCUACAGAUGCUAAACACUCCUAUCUGACUGCUACAUGGUACUUCUAUGACAGCAUGUUGCCGUCGUUCAGAGAACUGACGCUACUGUUCAGUCACCUCCAGCGACAGCGUAACACCAAGAAGGUUCUCCACAACUCCUACCUCACGCUGCUGUCUGGGCUGCGGCCCUACAGCUCCCCCUACCUGUCGGGGGACAGUCAACUCCUUUCUAAAAAACGGGGUCUCUUCCGGAUUCACGGUGGCCGCAAGCAGAGCAGUAAAAUGGGCUUUCGGGAUCGGAUCAGGAUGAACAAUUCCCGAUCGUCCCAAACCAUUAGGAACAAGGCGUCACCGCUGCCCCCAGGCUCCGGUGUCCGCUGCUCUCCCAGCCAGGAAAACGUCCCUGAGCCCACCAGCCCGGGGAAGGUCCAGAAGAGCUGGAGCUUUAAUGACCGCACACGCUUUCGUACCUCCCUCCGCCUCAAACCACGUCCACCUGCUGAUGUGGAGGGGGUCGGAGAGGACAGUGUGGAAGACAAACCAUAUUGUGACGUGGCCAUGGAGGAGGUAAUCCCUGCAGUGAAGACACUCAUACGGGCUGUCAGGAUCUUAAAGUUCCUUGUGGCCAAAAGGAAGUUUAAGGAGACACUGCGUCCGUAUGAUGUGAAGGACGUCAUAGAGCAGUACUCCGCUGGACACCUGGAUAUGCUGGGCCGUAUCAAGAGCCUGCAGAUGCGGGUGGACCAGAUAAUUGGGCGAGGAGCCGUUCAGCCCGACAAGAAAGCGCGCCCUGAAAAGGGAGAGAAGACGCCGCCAGAACUGGACUCACUGGAUGAACUAAGCAUGAUGGGACGUGUAGUCAAGGUGGAAAAACAGGUACAGUCUAUAGAGAACAAGCUGGACCUCCUGCUCAACUUCUACUCCCAGUGCCUAAAGAAAGGCUCGUCCCACUUCACCCUGUCCUCCCUCCUGGACCCCGACCUGACGUCCGACUACCACAGCCCCACGGACCAAAGAGACCUCUUCCCCUCCGCUAACACGCUCAACAUCUCUGAGAGCGGCAACUUGGAAUGACAGUGAGCGGAGCAGUCUCGCGGCUGUUCAAACACAGACACAAAACCCUUUACAGUACGUCUUCCUGCGGCUGAGUCCUCACUUCGAGCAGCCCGACCUUAACGUCAUCAAUCAUUUCAUAUCUGUUCGGGAUGAUCUUUUUACCCCUUUCCAUCUCAAAUCUGCACCCUCUCCUCUUUUUUCCUGAAGUGAAUGUGUUUCCAGAGCUGAUACAGACAGAGGCCACCAGAUGGCUCCCCCUGACAAGGAGCCUCAGCCAAAGCUGCUCACCGCACACGCCUCUCGACCCACUAGACGAGGAUGGAGAUGAAGAGAGGGCACAUGAACAUGUAUGACUUGACUACUGAACCACUUUCACAAACUCACCUCAUGCUAUAUAUAUAUCUACGCUUCCUUUAAAGCUUCCAACUGUAGAUAAUCAGACUUUAAGCUUUGACUUUUUGUAAAUCUUUGGAGAAAUCUCGUCCCUUUUUUCCUCCCCUCGUCAUUUCUUUAUUUUCUUGGCUGCUUGAAUCAACUGACUGAGAGUUUGCUGACACAAGCAGUUGCUGCAAGUGCCAUGCCAGUCAUUUGUUCAGUACCUUAGGAUGGCUGUGAUGAAUGUAAUGGGUCCCACCUGCAAAUUUCACACCCUGACACAGAAAUAAUCUGCUCCCUCGGACCUCACCAAAACACCAAACCUCCAAGGUACACCUUCGAGUUUUAAAUGUUUAAAUCCUGCUUAAAUUGCCCAAACAUGUCACAUGAAAACAGCUGGAAGAAUGCGCUGGAGUGAUUGUGUACCAUACAGUGUUUGUUUUCAUCUCCAUUCCCUCUUGGAUGUUCUGUCUCCAAUAAGCCCACUUGCAAAAAAAGUCCCUGUUUGUCUGGCAUUGAAGUGAGGAAUGUCCCUACUUAUUUAGGAUUAUUAGAGCCAAAAUGUCCUUUCACAGAUCCCUUCUUUGCAAUGUUUCAACUGUAUCUCCUAUUUUAGUAUUUCUGUUGUUUUUAACAUGCCCUUUAAACCUCUCUGUCUUGCAGCCCGCCCCCCGGACAUGCAUGUUACUGUAGAUAAAACCUCACUGAUCCUCAGUCAGAAUUUAGACACUGAUGUCACACUUUUCUGCACUGCUCCUCGUCACUCACGUCUAGCCUCAGGUCAGGUUUACCGUGUCAGUAAUACUUCCACUUUUCUCACAGGAAGAUCGUUCUUACUCUAACACUCAUCGGGCAUGUGAUCUCGCAGUCAGCAGCUGCGGAGAUGAUGUAGACACUUUCUGGCCAGUUUUAAACCAUGAACAACCUGUAAGGCGUCCAGGUCUAACGCAUGAAUUCCAGGCCAUUAUCCUCAUGAAUGCACGUGUCUUAGGAAAUGGUUCCAGCCUUACAGCUUCACUACAAACAGACGGUGUGCAGGUUUGACACCCGCGGGUGUUACUGUGCACUCGUCUGUCUUUUCUGGUUCUUUCAUGGAGAUGUUUGAUGUGCAGUUAACGCUCUGUGUUUGUGGACAAAACUGGAGAGUGCUCAAAUGCACACACACACACACACACACACACACACACACACACACACAGAUAUAAUGAAAGCAAUUCCUUUACUUAAAUACUUUGGCACUUGAUAAAUAACACACCUUUUGUCUUUUUAUCUUUGUGUUUUGAUUUCUUUACUGUAAUUAAUGUUUCAUGCACUCGAUUUUGUGUAACCCACGAUGGCAAAAUUCUGUUUGUUUUUUUUAAAUGAUUUUGGUUGUUAAAGUUGAAUGUAGGAUUUAAGUUAACAUAUUUAAUUCAAUUAGAUAUGAUCUUUGAAAUAAAUGUAGCAUUUUUGUGGAGUUAAAUCAUGGAUGACACAACUGUAACGAUACACACAGCCGAUCAGGUUCACGCUCACCACUCGCAGAGCUCAUAUGUAUAUUUUUUUAACGUCAUCAGAUAAUUGCUGCCAGCUUCGACUGAGAAAACAUUCACCAUGCUAUAUUUGGCCAGUGAAAAGAGUUUCCUUUUGUCCCUGCAUUUAUUUGUUCCAGUCAAACCAGUUGACUCAGGUGCUCCGCAUUUCCAUUCAAGCUAAGACUUCAAACAGUGAAUGUACUUCAGUGAUCAGCCUAUUUAUGAUCUGAUGCCAUGAGGAAUAAAAUGGCACGUCAGAGCUUGCUCUUGGUCUCAUACAAUUUUUUCAUGCAUUUCUUAGAGAAAUUACGCGUAGCUUUAUGUGUAGCCUAAACCACUGGUUCCCAACCUGAAGGUCCUGACCCCCACUAGGGGCCGCCAUAGCUACAACGGGGUGUAACAAGGCUUUCUUGAUUUUAAGGGGUGUCAGAAAACUUAUAUAUUGUCAAACAGAAGACUUAUAUCUUAGCAUUUUGUUCAUUUCUGUGAAGAAAACUAAUUAAAUUGUUAUAUUUCAAAUUGAGAUUAUCAUUCAAGAUUAAACUUAAAACACAGGAUAAAGAAAAUGAAGACUUGACCACAAGCUGAAUUCACAGAGCCUUCACUCGCUGCUAAAAGAGCUCAUACAACAAUAAGGUAAAAACUUUAAUGUCACACAAUGUCAGGGAUAAAUCAUGGACACCGCUGCCACCGCUGGUUAAGAAAAGCGAUAGCGGACAGAACAAAGGACGAUCUGUAACGCUUAGUGCUACAUUUAGGGAGGCAAAACCUCCGCCUUGAUUGAAGCAUCUGAAACUCAACACGGAGGGGAUGUUGAGAGUCUGAGCUUUAGAGAUGACCCUCUCUUCAUACAGAUGCUGGAGGUUAUUUAAAGUAACACCAGUGAGCUUACAGCACAACUUGAACAAUUUCAUGAUUGUUGUAUUUACAUCAAAACUCCUCAGCUUCCUUAAAAAGAAUAAUCGUUGGUUUGCCUUCUUACAGAUGCUGUCAGUGUUCACGUCAAAAGUCAACUUGUCAUCUAAGACAGUGCCUAAAUACCUCCGAAAAUCAAUGAACAUCUCACUGGUCUUAGAUGCAUUAAUGUGGAGGAAAGACUGGUCACACCAGUUAACAAAUUCAUCCAGUGCUGGGCCAUGAUCAUAUUCUGAUCCACGAAGAAGGCUUACAAUAACAGAGUCAUCUGCGUAUUUAAGGACAAAUCUUGAUGCGUGAUUACUCUGAAAUUCAUGUGUGUACAAACAAAAUAAAAGAGGAGUAAGAACACAUCCCUGAGGGGAUCCAGUAGAAGAAAAACAAGGGAGAGAGAAGAGAGAAGAAGGGACGGCAGAGGAGAUACUCGCAUACCAAUAUAACUGGGCUAGAAAGCCACAAAAAGCUCCACAGGCUGAGAUCAAUGCAAAAAUAGUCAAUUUAUUUUAGACAUUGUGCACAAAAUUUGGGUUAAUUGUACAAUUUAUCAGUUGUUUUGUACUGUAAUUGUUAUGCACUGAAUAUAAUCUAAAGUAUCCCUAAAAUAAGUCAGGGGUCGUCAUGACAGAAAGGGGUCCAUUAAGGAAAAAGGUUGGGAACCACUGGCCUGAACUAUAGCAGAGCUGCCUACUUAUCAGAGGCAUUAUUAAACCGUCACUUCAUCGUCACCUGCAAUGUUGAGCUUUGUGAAAACGUGAGACCACUGUAUUGCAUGUUGUUGUUGGCGGUGGCCCCAGUAAUAGAAGAAAAAAAAAAAACUUAAGGAUGUCUCCUGUAAAGUCUUGAGUCCAGACAUGAAAGGAAGCGACCUGUGCCUUCUAUGUCUUCGUUCUGUAACUGAUAUGGUGCGUCUUUCUUUCUCAAACUUAAAUAUUAAUGCUGCUUUGAUGAGAUGGGUUUCAUAGGGGUAUUACAUGACAAUAGCCAUGCCCUCUUUUUUUUUUUUUUUUUCAAAACUUUGGCCUAACUGAAGAAACACCAUCAAAAUUGUUCUGAAUAUGUAAUUUUUAGGGGUCUUUUAUGACUGCUGCAACCUUUGAUAUUUUCUGAGAAUAUUACUAUAUGUGUAGCAUAUCAUUGUAACUCUGCCGGGACCUCCUCGCAUCGACACCCUUACUGUAUUUUAACGCCAGUCAGAUCUGGAGGCAUGGACAUUUGUAUCGUCACAGGAAAACUCUGCAGGCAUGUGUCCUUUCAUAAGCAUGUCACAUAGAGAAUAUGGCUUCCACACAACUACCUCUGAGGCCACUAGGGGGCGCUAGUCUAGAAAUCCGAGUAUGAGAAACAGUAACUGAUUGUCUGUCUAACUGACUGAAUGCUAUGCAUGACUCAAUCUGCACGUUCUCUUUUUUCACUCUGUUCUUCUCCACGACGCCCGACCAUCCAUCAACCACUGACUUGCUGCCAUUUGACAUUCCAGCUCGUUGCCCUUUAACUGCGCUCUUAGGUGUUGGAACUGUUGUUAAAAUGAAACUGAUCAAAGCAAUAAGCAAAACGCUAAAAGCCAACAAAGUCUUCCGAUUCCAAUUGAUGUAGCUACUGGUUGAUGAAAUAUGGCGCUCAUCUUAUUUUCUAAACUAAUGCACACCUCUAUUUGAUCUUUGAAAGAGAUACAAAAAUGUAUCUGCUGAGGAUUAAAUUAGCUCACUUGAGUAACUUAUUAAUUUAUUUGUUUCAAUAAAGCUCUUUGGACUGUA